CAUGGUGCAGCCACAGAGAUGGUAGCCCCUCUCCAUGCUCCCAGGUAUAUGAUUUUAAUAAAAGGACAGAAACCUUGAUUUAUCCCCACUGCAGUUCCAAUGCCAGGGGAUGCAAACUCAAAUAUCUAUGCAGGUUAGGGAUACAACUUAAAUGAGUGAAGCAUGCAGAUACAAGACAAAAAGGAGUGAUGGCAACUGUGAAAAACCAUAGAAUAUAUGCUUAAAUAAAGGUAGUUGCUAUUUAACCCAUGCAUAUUGUUGCCAUGUAGAUCUAAUUGUCAGAUAUUCUAAUUUUUCAAGACAAGCUGGAAAUUCAGAUUUUUAAAACCUGAAUAUCAAAUUUUUAAAACAGUAAAAAAGACGGUAUAGGACAAACAUAUGUAUGUGGGGCGGGGGUCACAUCCAGCUUGUGACUCCUACCCCAUGCCUGCUUUUAUACCCCUGUACAAUCCCUUCCCCCACUGACUGUGGGUUUGGCCAUACUACUAGUUUUGGCCAACGGGGCAUUACCAAGUGUGGUGCAACCAGAGGUUUGAUAAGCAUUUGUUCACUGGGGCUUGUCCUUUCUCAAGUCACUAUGCAGACGUUUGAAUGAUAAAAAGCCACAGGGAGGAGAGGCCCUAGAAGAUGAAAAGUCAUUUUGAAUGAGUUCCCAGCUGACUGCAGCUUAUAUCAUGUGGGCCCCGGCUGAGCCCGGGUCAGCCCACACAAUUGUAAAUCAUAAUAAACCAUUGUUAUUCUAAGCUACUAAGUCUUGGGCGGUUUGUUGUGUUGCAACAGGUAACUGAAAUAGAGGUCAUAUCUAAUCCCUUUGUUUUACUAAUGAAUGUCCUAAGGGCCAUAGUGGAAGGGACCUGGUGAAAUUCAGAUAGCAUGACAGUGACAAGAACUUUCCAAUUCUGUGCUCUUCCUAUUGCUUUUCUUUCAAUUCCCUUGGUGAAAAGCACCAGGUAAGGACUAUGAAACUUCAAAGUCUACCUGCAGGGAACUUAUACUGUGUCCUGAAUGCAUGCAAAUUACUGUAACUUGGUCCUUGGUCAUGGAAAGAUUUCUAGGUCAUCCAGCCUCUUUGACUUUAUAGGUGCAGAGAAUGCAAAAACACUUUGAGAAAGUGAAAAGCAGCCUCUGAUAUCUGGAAGCUGGCCUGGUACAACCAGCCAUGCCAUGAUGUUACUAGACCAUAGCCUGGCCCUUAUAGCUAGGCUUUGUGUUUUCCUGUAGAACAAAAACAAUUCCAAAGAACAUCAACAUCGGACGACGUCAUUCUGUGACCAUGAUAGAUCCAGACAAAUACAAGACCACUCUAUAAUCAGGUCUAAACGCAGAUAAAAAGAUAAACCUGACGAUUGUCCAAACCACAAUAAAUGACUCAACAUCCCCACUUGGCUAAUAUGAGAGAGCUGCUGCUGCAUUUUUUUUUUUUUUCGUUUUUGAGACAAGGUCUGGCUCUAUCACUCAGGGUACAGUGGAGUAGUGCGAUCUCCAUUCACUGAAACCUACACUUCCUGGGCUCAAGCGAUCCUCCCACCUCUGCCUCCCAAGUAACUGAGAUGACAGGCGCGCACCACCAGGCCCGGUUCAUUUUUGUAUUUUUUGUAGAGACGAGUUUCGCCAUGUUGCCCAGGCUGGUCUGGAACUCCUGCGCUCAAGCAAUUCGCCUGCCUUGGCUUACCAAAGUGCUGGGAUUACAGGCGUCACUCACCGCGCCCGGCGAGGCUGCAGUUUCUUUAUCUGCACAGCUUUAGCCUCAAUCUAGAAUUCCCUUCCUCUAGAUAAGAUGAACUGAGAUGCUCAAUCAUGGAACGACCCUCUCUUCCUGACAGUAUCUAAUCCAGUGAAGCUCUCACUUCCUUAAACCCUCUCCCAAAUCACUAACAACUCUUACCGAGAGGCCCCAUCGUUCCUCAAUGUGUGUUCUCAGUCACUGCAACUAGUAAUAAACCCAGCUUGUUCAACGAUCCGUGUCUUCCUGGUGGGAUUUAGUUAGAGGGCACGGACAGACCUAAGUUACACAGAGUUGGUGGCUGAGUUCACUAGAAGGAGUCUCCGCUUGUGUGUUCCUUCUUAGCCACUCUUUUGGUUAAUGUCUGUCGUCCCGCUACCAGAAUUAAGCUCCAUGAGAACAGGAGCCUUGUCUGUCAUGUUCAGAGCUGAUUCUCAGUGCCUAGAACGGUACGCAGCAGAAGCUGGAUGCUUAAAAAAUAACCAUUUUCUGAACGAAUGAAUGAGGGGCUCGAUAUACGCACGUUCCCUUUAAUCUCGCAGCUCCUCGCAGAUCGUGUGACAUACAGACAGCACCACAGCACAUUUCCCCAAACCCCCUCUUUCCCGAAGAAAUCUCGAAACUCUCACUCCUGGGAUGCCCAUCCUCUCAGAGCCUCUUCCCCGGGCCGAGCUUCUCUCACUCGCUGGCCCCUUCCCACACCUGAGCCCCAGGCCUAUACACCUUCCUAACGCCCCUAGAACCCACCUGUCUCCACCAUCUGCCCCUACCAUCAGACACUGCCGGACCGACAGCGCAGCUACCUAGGCGUCUAGCGGGCACUGCGGCAUGGACCGCGCAUGUGCGGAAAUGGGUCGCAUACGCAGGACCUCCGACAAGUGAGGAGUUGCCUCGGAGUUUCCGUCCCGGUCUGGGCAGCGUUGGGCUGCCAGGAAGUCAAGAGAAGCUAGCCGGAAGGAGAAUCCGGGCGCACGGCUUUCUGGGACACGUAGUCGUGGCGCUCUCGAAGCCCUACCAUGAGCAAGCUCUUAACUCUACAGGUCUGCACGUCCUACGUCCACAGUCCAGUGCUACUCUCAGCUCGGAGUUCAGCUUCGGGCUGCCAAGAGCCAGCAACCUGGUGUCAGAGGCUCGGUCCCACAACGCUCUGCGGGCCGCGGCGCCUGCUGGGAGGUGUAGUCCCUGAUCUGCGUACUGCGUUCGCCGAGGGGGAGGGCGGAGCUGCCGGCGGCCCGGGCGGGCUGGCAGCUAGAGUGGGUGCGAUAGCCGCCUCCGCCUCUGCCGCCUCCGCCGUCGCCUCCUCCGCCCGGGCCGUUCGCUGCUGCGCGGGGAGAGCGAGGCGGGGCCGCCGGGGCCGCCAUGGAGCCCGACUCGGUGAUUGAGGACAAGACCAUCGAGCUCAUGUGUUCUGUGCCAAGGUCUUUGUGGCUAGGCUGCGCCAACCUGGUAGAGAGCAUGUGCGCACUGAGUUGCCUGCAGAGCAUGCCCAGUGUCAGAUGUCUCCAGAACACUUCAGUUAUGGAAGAUCAAAAUGAAGAUGAGUCCCCAAAGAAAAAUACUCUUUGGCAGAUAAGUAAUGGAACAUCAUCUGUGAUCGUCUCCAGAAAGAGGCCAUCAGAAGGAAACUAUCAAAAAGAAAAAGACUUGUGUAUUAAAUAUUUUGACCAGUGGUCUGAAUCAGAUCAAGUGGAAUUUGUGGAACAUCUUAUUUCACGAAUGUGUCAUUAUCAGCAUGGACAUAUUAACUCUUACCUGAAGCCCAUGUUGCAGCGGGACUUUAUUACCGCUUUACCAGAGCAAGGCUUAGAUCACAUAGCAGAAAACAUUCUUUCGUACCUGGAUGCCAGGUCUCUGUGUGCAGCAGAGCUGGUAUGUAAAGAAUGGCAGCGAGUGAUCUCAGAAGGAAUGCUUUGGAAGAAGCUGAUUGAACGAAUGGUACGCACUGAUCCCCUAUGGAAAGGACUUUCAGAAAGAAGAGGGUGGGAUCAGUACCUGUUUAAAAACAGACCCACAGAUGGCCCUCCAAAUUCAUUUUAUAGGUCAUUAUACCCAAAGAUUAUCCAGGAUAUAGAGACUAUAGAAUCUAACUGGCGGUGUGGACGACACAACUUGCAGAGGAUUCAGUGCCGCUCUGAAAAUAGUAAAGGUGUCUACUGUUUACAGUACGACGAUGAAAAAAUUAUCAGUGGCCUACGAGAUAAUUCUAUUAAGAUAUGGGAUAAAACCAGCCUGGAAUGUUUGAAAGUGUUGACAGGACACACAGGCUCUGUCCUCUGUCUGCAGUAUGAUGAGCGUGUCAUUGUAACCGGCUCUUCAGAUUCUACAGUGAGAGUGUGGGAUGUGAACACGGGUGAAGUUCUUAACACAUUGAUCCACCACAAUGAGGCCGUACUGCACUUACGCUUCAGCAAUGGACUGAUGGUGACCUGUUCCAAGGACCGCUCCAUUGCUGUGUGGGACAUGGCUUCUGCGACCGAUAUCACUUUACGCCGUGUCCUGGUUGGUCACCGGGCUGCUGUCAAUGUAGUAGACUUUGAUGACAAGUACAUCGUGUCCGCCUCUGGUGACAGGACCAUCAAAGUCUGGAGCACAAGCACCUGUGAAUUUGUUCGUACUCUCAAUGGGCACAAGCGAGGCAUUGCCUGUCUGCAGUACAGGGAUCGGCUGGUUGUUAGUGGAUCAUCAGAUAAUACCAUUAGGCUCUGGGAUAUUGAAUGUGGUGCCUGUUUAAGAGUCCUAGAGGGACAUGAAGAAUUGGUCCGAUGCAUCCGGUUUGAUAACAAGAGGAUUGUCAGUGGGGCCUAUGAUGGGAAAAUUAAAGUUUGGGACUUGCAAGCUGCUCUUGACCCUCGAGCCCCAGCAAGCACAUUGUGUUUGCGCACAUUGGUGGAACAUUCUGGACGUGUGUUUCGGCUCCAGUUUGAUGAGUUUCAGAUCAUCAGCAGCUCCCAUGAUGACACUAUUUUGAUUUGGGAUUUCUUAAAUGUGCCUCCCAGUGCCCAGAAUGAGACCCGUUCUCCCUCCAGAACAUACACUUACAUCUCUAGAUAACAGUCUGCACUUUCACCCGUUUCAGGGUUUUCUAGUCUUGAACUACUGGCUACGUGGCUACCAAAUGCCUAAGGGAGUUCGUUCACAGCUGAGUUAUGAAGCUGGAAUUGGUUCUAGACGCUGGGUAGAUGCAAAGCAGCCUAACUCUUCAAGUACCGACAUUUCUCACCUCUGAUUCCGGCUCUCCUUUGAGAAGGAGACCUUAGCUUCCCCGGCUUCAAGUAGAACAGAAGCCUGUUUCCUUCCCUCAUCAGUGAAAAAAUCUAAUGUUUCAAAUGUAAAUUGUUCAUAGAAAAGGAACAUAGAAUCUGUUUUACAGAAGUAAAUCGACCGUCAAGAGAAGACUUGGCCUCUAAUUUAUAUUGCUUUGCACUUUGGUUUGAUAUUAAGAAACAGCAUUCUUCUUCAGUGAAAUUUUGGGUGCCAAACACCUACCCAGAAUGUCCAGGGCUUUCAUUUUCAAGAGUUAGCAUUCUCCUUUUGACCGUCCAAGUCAUUAUGAAUUCUGACUUGUUGUAUUAGGAACAUGUUGGACAAUGGAAAAAUUUCUCUGGAUUGUUUUAGUAAUAUUUUUGGGAUUAUACUUCCUUUCUGUACCAAUUUCUUUUAAUUUAAAGAACUAUAAGUCAGUUAUAUUAUCUACCAACAGGUAAUAUAGCUCUUUCUUUUAUUAACUGUUCUCUGUCCCCCAACCAUCUCCUGAUAUUUGGUAGAGUAACACCUUUAUACAUGUGCUUGCCUCCUAAUUUAAAAUACUGUAUUCGCAUGUAGAUAUAAUGUACAUAACAGUUUAACCUCAAAGUUGCUGGAGUCAGGGCCCCCUGUGCUUGAGACACUAAUAGAGAGUGUGUUCGCACUUAGCCAUGGACUGGGCUCAAGAACCUGAUACCAGGGUUGAUGUGGAUUACCUAGAACCCUUCCUGCAGUAUUCAUACAGUGUUUUUAUUUUGUUGUUGUCAUUGCGUGUGUGUGGUUUGUGUGUGUUUUUAAUGAGAAUCUUGUUUUAAAAUGUAAUUUCUAAAGUUUAACACAAAAAUGUUUUAUUUGUUGUGGAGUAUAUAUUAUACAAUAGAGAGGUACCUUAAACAUUUUUGCUCUUAUUCUUUUUCUCAUAAGUACUCCUGAGUACAAGUGGUCGCCUCCCAUAGUAUUCAUUUGGCCUCGCUGUCAAAAAUCAUUGUUCUGUGCAGUCGUGGCCCUGGGAAGGGAAAUAAGAAGGCCCUGUUGACGGGCUGUCCUGGCUCUGGCAUUCAUGCAUCCUGGCCUUGCCAAGCUUCUGCCAGGGCCUGCUGCUGUGUUGGAGCCUGCAGGGCAGGUCAGGCUGGUUCAGAGGCCCAUGCUGAGGGGUGGGUGCUCUUAAGUGGAGUAAAGCCUCAAGCCCAUGAAUGCCACCCCAGUCAUCUCUGGUGUCAGCUGCUGCUGUGGCCCCAGCAGGUUCUCAAAGCUCCCAAGUACUCCUGACUACACAGCCCAAAUGUGUAAAUGGCACUGUUGCCCUGACAGUGCAUGGAAAGGACGUUGGCAUCCAAUUGGCACUCCUUCUCCCUUAUUCAAUAUUAGGUUUGAUUUGCCCUUUGCCAUUGUUUCCAAAGAUCAAGGAAUGUCAAUAACAUUUUAAAGGACCAAUAAACAGCCUCCUAUAAAGUAAACCUCUUCCCGUGGAAGCACACUCUACUACUAAAGGGAAGGCCCCUGGGCUCUGAUUUGUCCUUUGCAUUGAGAACGGUGUGGGGAUCAACGUGUGUGUAUGUGAUUUGUUUAUUGAGUUGGCUUUGCUUUUUUAGUUUUUCUUUUAAAAAUAAAAUCCUUCCUUCCCAUGUUACUAAAUUAAUUUAUGUUUUUGAGAGGUUGAGUCUGAAAGUGUAAACAAUAAACCUCCAUUCAUAAGGUGGAUGUUGUGAGCUUGAUGGUGGUUGUGAAAGUGAUUUAGCUUUGGCCACUUUUCAUCUUACAGCUUCAAUAUCAAACUGGUUAGGAAAGCCCGGGGGAAGGGAGGGGCAGGGGAGGAGGCAAUUCUGAAUGAAUGAAUGGAUUUUUUGUUGUUUUUGCAUGUUUAAUAUAGAAGUUCCCCUUGUUCCUUGGGAGAUCAUGGUCUUUGAAUAUGCACACAACCUUUGAAUUGUGCCUACUAAAUUAUAGCAGGGGACUUUGGCACCCAAGGAGUUCUGACUUUCUGGGAUUAUAAUAGUAAUUCCCAGCCAUACUCUGGACUUUAUUUUGCUAACCAUAAUUGAGCAAAUGUAAAUUACUGCUAUAUUAAUGUUUUAAAGCACUGGGAUAGUCUAAUUCUAACUUGUAAUUAGUUAUGUUUGCCAAUUAUCUGUUUGAAAUAAAUUUGUGUCUGAACAGCUAUUGAAACUGUUAAAUUGUACAGAAAUUAUUCAUGACAGCUUUGUACUGUGGAAUGUGCUUAAUAAAAAACAAAAAAGUUUGACUUUUGUCCAAUAAAUUGCUAAGUAAUGUCAAUAAAUCAAGUAUGGGUAUUAUGCAGUGCACCUAAUCUGGCUUCAUGCGAUUGUUACUUCAGCUACUGAUUCAAAGCCAAUACUCUUAAUAAAGUGUUGCAAUACUCUGA